GCUCGUCUAUCUAUCCACAGCCUCUACAGUCAGGGCUCCACACAGAAGUGGUAAUUUUGGAGCACGUUGUGCUCUAGUCUACCUCCAACAUCAGAUCAGUGGCUAUGGCUGUUGGAGAAAACGUUGGAGUGUUGGUGAUCCUUGUGCUGGCCGUCACCCACUUUACCUGUGUUAGUGAAGCUAAAGAAGGUCGUCUUCAAACCCAUUGUCAAACAAAUCACCUUGCUGUUUUCUGGUACAACUUUGGGGAUGAGGUGCCUAGCUUCAAGGCUUUAGACUCUACAGGAGAGUUCCCAAUCACAGAGGACAAUGGAGCCCAGUGUGGAUACACAUAUCAAGUUUACCCAAUGAUGGAAGUUGCUGUACUCCGAGCCUCUUACUUCUCCUGCUAUACUGAAAAUGAGGAUGACACAACCUUCACCUUCAACUUCCAUGUGACCAAAAUGGUUGACGGUGAGGACCAGACUUUUAACCUCACAGAAACUUGUUCCAUUUCUCACCCAUGGGUCCAUCAGGAGGUCACCUGUGAGGAGAACUACAUGGAGGUAACUGUGCAAGCUGAUUUGUCUUGUCCAAUGACAGCUGGUCCAGUGGUUUCUGCUUAUCAGAUGGCCCAGGAGUCUCCAGCAUCGGUCUGGCAGAUGAUGUUCUUGAUGCAGGAGGGGGACGACCCUGUUGUCUUGUCUGUAGGCGAGGCUGAAGACCUGGGCUACUUUCUCAAGGUCACUCCAGGUCGAGUCGUUUUCCGGGCUCCCUAUAGGCAGCCCCACUCGGAAGCUGGCUUGGUAAACGGUCUCGCCGUAGAACUGAUCCGUCCGGCGGUGUUCUUGCGACAGAGGUUGACUACCGUGAUGGUGGACCUGGUUGCUGCGUGCACGCGAACGGAUGGAGCUUUCCAGGACGGAGUGCUUAUUUGGAGAACUCCCACUGUCAUGACACCCCUGGCAUCUUCCCAAUCUGACUUGAGUGCAGAAGGGGUUAACAUUGGUGUGAUGGGAUCCAGCCUCGCCCAUGAUGAAGUUGCUGCAAGAGGCUACUCUAUGGACAUUGGCCCCUUGGUCACCGAGGUCGCCAUCCCAUAUGGUGCCGACGGAGGAUUCCGAAAGAGCUUUGUCAUGAACAACACGUACCAUGAGUUCUAUAUUGUGGAUCUGUACUAUGAGCACAUGUUCAGCGUGGACAACGGUGCACUUGAGGGUAGACUGCACCAGCUGAAGGCCCUGUCCUCUCCCCUCCUGACCCCUUAUGAGCCUUUCACAUUCAACUUAACUGUUCUCCAGGAUCGGGUCUUCACAGUCUAUGUAGGCAAUUUUCCACAUGAUGCUGAAGUUGGUGAAGUUAGUCUGAAUGGGAUUUACUUGACUGAGGAGGAUGAGGAACAGCAUGGCUGUGAGAUCUCCAUGGUAUCCCAUGACAAUCUCACCCAUGCCUGCAUCCUACAUGUCCCAUUUGAAGCCCCUUUCGUCUCCAAACUGUAUCAUGUCGGAGGAAUUCCAGAGUAUUCUCUGAGCAUCAACCUAACAGUUCGCAUAACGGACGAUGAAUACUUCUAUUUUACCAAUGUAGUGGCUCAACUCCUGGACGUCUCCCCGCCAUCUUUCAAUGGCCUCUGCAUGGACAAGGGAAUCAGGUUCUUGCUUUUGCACCAGGAGUUUGAGAGUCUGUGGCAGCCGACCAUUGGCCUGUUGCCCCUUACGCAGGAGCUGGCUGAGUCCCGCGGGUACAGCAUGACCAACAGCAUCCACAAUAUGACUCUGGACGUUCCCCUCUUCACACCUGGCUAUAUCUAUGAGGACGUCACACUGCAGCAUUUCUUGGCAACCUUUGAAAUCCUGAUCAGGGAUGCAAAGUCUCGGGAGGUUGUGGAGAUCUCGGCCAAGACCUGCCAAUUCCCUACCACCGAGCUGCUGGUGUGUGCUCCAAGUGGCAUCGUGACUGUGGUCAGUGAUCUCAGCAAGGCCAUCCCCGACGCCCUGGCCUCCCAAACCACCUUACUGGACAAGACCUGCACCCCUAAAGAUGUUGACCAGUCGACGGUCCUGUUCGAAUUUGCCCUGAACAGCUGUGGAACAAGGGUUCAGGUCAUGAACAAUUCCCUGGUCUAUGAGAAUGAGAUCCGUUUUGAACCAAACUUGAUGCCAGAGGAUAAUCCAGUCAUCAGCAGGGAUACGUCAUACAGGAUGAUUGUAAGGUGUGUCUACCCAGUCCAAGUAGUGAACCAUUUGGUCCUGGAGCAGAACUUCCAAGCUCAGUCCCCUGGUGUGGGCUCUGUCCAACUGCAGCCGCCUCGGUCAACUCCAGACAUGGCCACCACUCGGGAGCCGCCCCGAACAAGGCCCAUCACCACCACCACCACACGCGCUCCUCUGACCAGGCCCCGCGGAACCCAGAGGACGCCUAAAUACAUCCGUGUGUCCAGUUGGAGUGCUGAUGGGACGCUGAACGUUCAGCAGCUGGACUGAAAGAUCAACAGGAAUAGUGAAAGCGCACUGCUUAGUAUGACCAAUAAAUAUUAUUUUCCUA